AUGAGUGACUCAUGGGUAACCUCUUCCCCAGUUGACACCCCAUGUUCAGCCUACAGUGAAACAGAUAACACGACUAUGGUCGGAACAUGCAAAGAGCUACAUCACUGCCCCAUGGCUGUGAGGCUCAUCACAGUCAAUAGGAUACAUCCUUAUCUUUGCUACCGAGAUAAUGAGUUUCAGGUAGCGUGCUGUCCAACCAAGCAUAGUUUGUUCAAAACUGGAGCUUUCCGACAAAUCUUCAAAUCGACCACAGACAACUUCAUUCGUAAUAAGGACAUUACAUGUUACUAUGAUGGAAAUCAGCCAAUGGUGUGUUGUGGUAAUCCGAAGCCAAUCGAAUACAGAGAACCCAAACGAUGCCCUCGAUUGCCGAGGCGGCACAUUAGCUCAGAAAUCACGAAAUACGACCAAGUUAUAUCAAAGUGCUGGCAAUACCAAAAACAUUUCAAUAAAUGUGUGACCAAGGCAGAUGGCAGUGGGUUCAUCAGGGAGAACACCUGUGGCAGGCCGAAUACAGAUGUAAGGACAAUCGGUGGUGCGCCGGUGGAACCAAGGGAAUUUCCACAUAUGGCUGUUCUCGGCACUGACAAUUCAGAUGAAACAAUUGAAAGAGAUAUUGAUUGGAUUGCUGGCGGUGCACUCCUGAGCGACAAGUUUAUUUUAACUGCGGGACACGCCCUUAAAAGCAACGACAACUUGAUCCGUUACGCACUAAUGGGCACUCUGAACAAGACGGACAUCCGCAGUGGAAUGCUGUAUACAAUUGUAAGACUUAUUCCACACAACGAUUACGAUCCACGGAAGCAGAUCAACGAUAUCGCCUUAGUAGAACUGGACAGGAGAGUCCAAUUCUCCGAGUUCAUUCGGCCAUUAUGUCUGCCCCUUCCUGGUAUGGCUUUGUCCCUAUUACACCUCACAGUCGCCGGCUGGGGCAUCACCGAAGAGGGAGUCAGGGCAGAGACGCUGUUAAAGGUAGCAGUGUCGGAAAGGAAAGCGUCUGAUUGUCGCAAAUACGACUCACGCGACAGGACAUUCAAUAGCACAACGAUGAUUUGUGCGAAGGGAUCGAUACUUAAAAAUCGCAAUGACACAUUCCAAGACACAUGUCAGGGAGACAGCGGAAGCCCAGUGACGGUGAGGUCCCGUGAGAUAAAUUGCACCUACAUCGCGAUGGCCGUUGUGUCCCAUGGCCCACAGUGCGGCUCGGGUGCACCCGCAGUGUAUACAAGAGUGGAACCAUUCCUCGAUUGGAUCAUUGAUACUGUGUGGCCGGAGCUUGCAAGUUAG